GGCGCAGGUGCGGCAGGCGGAGCUCCGUCACCAUGGCACGUCUGGCGCUCUGGCUGGUGGCGGUGGCCGCCGUGGUGCCGCUGGUGCUGGCCGGUGGUGCAGACUCGCGUAGUGUGUCGGCUCGCACCCUGAGCGGCUUUCCGCAGCACUUUUUGCACCCGUUCAUCAACUUCUGGGAGUUCCACUUGGAUCCGGAGGACUUCCCGAAACUGGAUGGGGUCUCCAGAAUGGUUGGAACGGCUACCAUGGGCCUACUCAUGUGUCUGGGCUGGCUGGGCUACCUGCCAGUAAAAUUCCAAUCAAAAACAGACACGGACCGGAUUCAGUAUGGAGAAGACAUUCAGAAGCUGCUGCGGAACUGGCUGCCCCACCCGCCGGGUGGCCCCCCUGGCCGGCCGCCGGGGGGAUCCUAUCUGGGUGUGCCGCCGAAUGGACGCUACCGCCAUCAGCAGGGGGUCCUCGCUCGUCGGAGGGGACCCCUCGUCCGCAGCUGGGCCGGACCCGCUCCCCAGUAUCGCGGCUACAUUCGAGGCGGCAUUCAGUCCCCGCGGCGUCCCUCCACUGCCUCUAACCAACCGGUGGUCGCCCAGCAGAGAGGUCCCGCUGGCCCUCCGCGGCGGGGAAGGCUGUCACCACUCGGCUGAUGGUCCGUGCGUCCGAUGGACCGAGUCGGGGUCCUCGGCAGCCGCUCACCUCUCCAUCUGCUGAGCGGAGGCCACUACACCACUGGGAUGACGGCGGGCACCCACUCCGGACACUGAGAGAGGACGAGAUACGGCGCGCGCAAAAUAAUAUCGCCCCAGCGCGAGGUGCUAACAGAUGAGCGUCAGUAGAGUGUGUAUGUGUGUGUUUUUCAUAAGGUAUUAAAAUGAUAAGUUGUUUUAAGAAACAGCUUACAUCAACAAAUGCAGCAUCGCUUAGUCCUGCUCAGGGCAUGACUGAUAUUGUUAAAUGGGCAUAAUUUAUUGUUAAUAAUUUGGAUAUUUAUUGCCUCGUGAUAAAUAACAUCGCGAAUAAUACCUUAAAUGCGUAGGUUGUUUUGCUAACCAAAUGAUACGCUUCAGAGUAGAAUACAAUAUAUCCCAUAAAAUACAGGUGCAAUGCAUAAAGUAUGAAGUAGGUACAGGUUCAAUGUAGAAAUACAAUGGCAGUGCCAUGAGCAUUUAGGAAUGAAGUGGCAUGCCAUCAAGACUGUCAGAAGUUGUUUAUGACAAGAAUAACAAGCUUAUUACAGGAGAAGCAAGCUCGUUUCCUUGCUUUUAUUUACUAAUGAAGUGUAACAACAACAACAAUUUACUUAUGAAGUGUUACACAACAAGUAACAAGUUCCUUGUUGUGGACAUGCUUACUGUAAAUAUAUAAAUAAUUGUG